AUGGAGGCUGAAGAUAUAUUAUUAUCGACUCCGAAUAAAAAAAGAAAGAGAGUCUCUCCAGUCACCGAAAUUGACGACUUUGAUGCCGCUGCAAUUCGCAACCAUAUUUAUGCGUAUUACGCACAUGGUGAAUAUCCCACGUUAAAAAAAUUAGCCAUAUCGCUUAAAGACUCGGGUUUAUUUGAAGGAAGUCCACCAUCACUAUCCAAGAUUUUGAAAGAAAUCGGGUUUGCGUAUAAAAAAAACUAUAAAAGAAAGAUUAUAAUGGAGCGAACAGACAUUGCUUUGGCCCGAAUUGACUUUUUGCGUAAAGUCAAAGACAUUACAGACUGGGAUAAAGUGGUUUUUCUAGACGAAACAUGGCUCAACGCAAAUCACACUGUUUCAAGAUCGUGGACAGACGAUAAAGCAGAGUCUACUACCAAGGUGCCCGAAGGUAAAGGGCAAAGAUUAAUAAUUUCUCAUGCGGGAACAUCGUCAGGUUUUGUGCCCAAUUGUUUGCUGGCGUUUAAGUCUGUCAAAACAACAGAGUACCACGAGGAAAUGGAUUUUAACAAAUUUAAGGAGUGGUUUCUAACUCUUUUAAAUAAUUUGAGUGAACCACAUUUUAUUGUUAUGGACAACGCUCCGUACCAUUCGGUACAAAAAGAUAAGGCGCCUACGACGAGCAAUCGGAAAAAUGAAAUUAUAACUUGGCUCCAAAACAAAGGAGUAGAAGCAAACAACAGCAUGCUCAAAAAAGAAUUGCUAAGAUUAGUAAGCAUUCAUAAGCCUAGAACUCCAAAAUAUAUAUUAGGUGAAAUUGCAAAGGAAAUGGGCCACACUGUCAUCCGUUUACCACCAUACCAUUGUCAUUACAAUGCAAUUGAACUAAUCUGGGCUCAAGUCAAAGGUUACGCUGCCAGACAUAAUGUAGCACCGCCUUUCACAGCAAAUAAAAUGUUGACAUUACUACAUGAAGCUUGUGUACAUGUAAAGGCCGAUGAUUGGAAAAAGGUAGUUGAGAAGACCAAAAAUGUUAUUAAAAAAGAUUGGGAGCGCGAUCUUCAAUUUGACAACAUAUGUGAUCAAGAAUUGAUUAUUAAUCUACAGGACUGCUCCAGCGAUGAAUCUGACUUUGACUUUGACGUUGAUCUCGGCUGUACACCUUUCAACAAUUAA